AGGUGACAAAGUUGGCGAGUUAGAGAGAAACCUGACGGCGCUCUUUGUUUUUUGUUUUGUUUUGUUAUGUUUUUUGUGGAAUAUGCGGUUACUCUGCAUUUAUAAACCUUUCUACCUUAUUAUCAGAUUAUUACCCAUUAUUCAUGCCUAUUAGUUUGUAGAGAAACAUGUACUGUAGGCUACACUGUCUCAUUGUCAGUACAGUGUAUCAGUACAGUGGAGCUUGAGCUUGUCAAUGAGUAACUUGUCUGAGUGCUCUUUGUGCGCGACAUUUUACGACUUCUGCUAACCGUGAUACUGUAGCCUGGAAGUCUGGAUGUAUACUUUGCAUGUGCAUGGGAUGCGUUUAUUUGGAACUUUGGAAUGGGAAAACUCAAUUCUUUUCUCAGUUAGGUGAAUCAGAUGCCACACAUAAUGGGCAAGAGCUUUGAGGGGAAGAGCAAAAGGUUAGAUCGGCCCACUAUGCCCGUGGAGAGAAUGCGUAUGAGACCAUGGCUGGAGGAACAGAUAAACUCGUCUAAAAUACCAGGACUUAAAUGGGUUAAUAGGGAAAAGAAAAUUUUUCAGAUUCCGUGGAUGCAUGCUGCACGGCAUGGCUGGGAUGUAGAGAAAGAUGCACCUCUGUUUCGAAACUGGGCCAUACACACAGGCAAAUACCAACCAGGAGUGGACAAGCCUGACCCCAAAACGUGGAAGGCAAACUUCCGCUGUGCUAUGAACUCCCUUCCUGACAUUGAGGAGGUGAAAGAUAAAAGCAUUAAGAAAGGAACAAAUGCCUUUAGGGUUUAUAAGAUGUUGUCAGCAUCUGAAAGACAGUCAAAGAGAGGAAAGAAGAGACCAGAUAAAGAUAUUAAGGUAAAGGAGGAGCACCAAUGCCCUGUUUCCUCUGCCUGGGAGAGUACCAAUGGCUCCACAAGGAGUGCAGGAGCACUAGCAGUCAAACAGGAAGCAGAUCACACUGUCACAGAAACAGAAGCUGGUAGCCACAGUCCCUCUGAAGACCAUCUGAUCAUCCCGGACGUGUGUCAGACCAUCGAGGUGGUGACAGAGAACGAGGAGCAGGCUGUGAGCUCCAGCCACUCCUACCCCCUCCAGAUCUCUCCAAUGUCCUCAUACGGAGAGAGCGAUACUGACAGCGUGCAGAGUGAAGAGGACUCCAAAGAGCGCAUGCAAGGACUUGUAUGGGGCUCUAAUCGUGUUGAGGCAAAGCCAGUCCUGGACAGCUCUGCGAUGCGGACGUCUUUACCCAGCAUGUCCACUUUCAUCACUCAGUCUAAGCCCAACUUCAGGAUUACAACUGUCCAGGACACUUUGUCCACUCCUUUUCAUGUCCCCUAUAACAGUGGGGGACCAUGGAGCCUCUUGACCCCGUCUCACCCUCCAUCACAGCCCCCAGCAGCUUCCAGCAAACCCCCUGUCCAUGAAAAACGGGCCAGUGUCAUCAUGAAAACCUCAGACGUAUCCAAAUCUGUCAAGAGUUACUGAGGAAAACCACUAGUUCUAGAUCCUGGCUUCAUUGAAGGCUGUACUGAACUUGAACAUGGAGCAAAGAACCUAAGCAACACUCUGUUGCCUCUUAUUGAUGAUCUCACAGCUAGCAAAACUGAUGAAGAUGAUGGUGAUGUCUGGCUCGCUGAAUAGCUCAUCUUAGCAGUGGGUGAGAUAAGACAUGAUACAGGGCAAAAUGCAGGAUUCAGUGCAGGUCCAAGCCUUAAAUUCAGGGAGCGGUCUAAGUGCAGUGACAGAUGUCAACACUGCCAUUGUGCCAUUGUUUCCAGCUUGUUUUGGAUGUGUAUAUACAGGAGAGUCAUAAUGUCUAAUCAGCGGCAUUAGAUUUAGCACCUUAUAGAAAAGCACUGAAUGAGAGUAUCUGUGGCCUUCUUUCUUUUCUCUAUAGCACCACGACUGUGGACACACACUUCUCUGAAAGGAUUUGUUAGUUUGUGUCUCAUGUCCACCAAAGAAAGCACUUUUAAAGAUAGCCUUUUGUAUCUCAACAUCUGACAUAGUCCCAUAUAUUGUUGUGUCUUAAGGGAUUUUUUUUAAAGGUGGAUAUUUACAUUUUUUGCCCAGUAUAAUCAAUUUUGAUUCAUGGAUGUUUUUGUGAAUGACAACAAUGGCACUUAUUUUAUGUUUUUUUUUAAAGUAAAAAUACAUUGAUAUAUUUUUUUUUUUGCUUUCUACUGUAUGUGUGAACAUAAAUGUACAUAUAAACAAAUUUAAUUAUACAGUUCUGUGAAAAAGCGUUUGCCCCUGAAGUGGUUUUCUGCAUUUUUGCAUAUUUUAGAGUAGAUGCUAAAAUCAGAAUAUAGUGUUUGAUGCAUAGAGCUCUAAGGAUUGUAGCCAUUUUGAGUUGCACCGGAAGACAAGUGUGCAUAUUUCUGUGAAUACACCUCAUCUUCACCUCCAAGUAGCUAUCCAGUGCCUUGUCUUGAGUAAAGCCUUGGUAGAUUAAGGUUAUUGUGCAGAAUCCACCAAGGACUAUUGUAUACCCCCUUGAGUACUGAUCAGUACUCUGUAUGUCACCUCCAGACAGUGGAGACACAGCUGGAGUCAGUCAGCCUGGAGGUGUCCUGGCUUUCUGUAACUUCAUAGAGUUCCUGGGAAACAACUAGGCCAGGCAACGUGUGAAGCACAUGCCCACGGUAUGCUGGGUCUCAUCCUCCUUCUAUCAGCUGGCCUAUUACAUAUGCUUGUAAUCCAUGUUACUGAACUCAUUGUACACAUGGAUUCAUUCCAAAAAAAAAAAAACACACAUGCACACACACAUAUCCUAGGAAGCAA